AUGGAAGCUUUGAAAAUGGCUGGGGAGCUAAAACAGAACCCUUCCUUCUUCAAGGUCUUGAUUGGACUCUUUUUUAACAAGCUUAGAAUACCACCUGCGUUCGUGAAGAAUUUCCAAGGAAAUGUACCCACGAGUUUCACCUUGAAAUCUAACUCCGGGAGUACAUGGCGGGUAACAGUUCAGAAUACAGAAGGAAGCUACUUCUUCUGUGGGGGAUGGUCUAAUUUUGUGGAAGAUCAAGGCCUGGAUUCAGGAGAUUUUGUAGUGUUUAAUUUGGUCGGUAAAUCGAGUUUUGAUUGUGUCAUUUACGAUCCAACUGGAUGUGAAAAGAAGAUUGUUCUUAAGGCUAAGAGAAAAAGAGGUAGACCUAAGAAAUCAAAUGAAGUAACACCAAGCGAAACUGCGGCUUCAAGUUUCCAAAAAGCAAAAAGAGUCUCUCCUGGCUGUAGAAUCACUCGUGCGCCUGCUAGAAGGGUAAUAAAUGUUGGUCAGCAGAUUGAGGUUGUAUCAGAAGCAAUCUCCAAACAUCCUUCAUUCAUAGUGGUUUUGAAAAAAUACCAGAAAUUCUCUGUUGUUGUUCCGAGUAGAUUUGCCAGAGAAGCUGGGUUGGCAGACAAGCGGAGCACGGUGAUCAAGGACCCGAAAGGUAGGAUGUGGCCACUGGGCAUCUCGGUGGGUUCUAGACAGGUUCGGCUGAGUGCUGGAUGGUCCAAUUUUCGACUGGAAAACAGAAUAGUAGCUGGAGAUACCCUUUUGUUUCAGCACAUUCGCGGCACAGGUAAUGCAAUACACGUCGAGAUUGUUGGCAAGGCUGGAUAUGGAAAUAGUGGGAGAUGA